UUUCCAUAUGAAUAGCUGACUAUCCAGGGGCCUAUUCCUACCACCAGUUCCCUGGGCUACACCCUCCAUUUCAUUUAAAUACCCCCAUCCUCCGCGUACCCCCGGUCCAUAACGUCUCUGGUAGCUGUCGGCUUCAUCACCAACACCUGGUGCUCUCUCUUCAAAACGGAUACCCCCCAAGAACGACUGGAAGCAAAAAUAUCUGAAGUUGAGAGAAAUAGUGUCAGCCCUCAGAAAGGAAUUUUAAACCAAUGUGUUGUUCAAGCGACAAUUUAUUUGCUUCUUAACGUGUUUCUGUGGAAUUUAUGCAUUAACGUCUAACAUCUUCACGGCAAUCAUUUAUUAUCAUGGUUUUUAUGCCAUGUCAUAUUUAGAUUCGGUUGAUUGGGAAGAUCCGACAGUGAAGGAGACAAAUGCAAACGUGUAACCUUUGCUUCUGAUGCAAGAUAUUUAACUUGCUAUUUUUGACCAAGCAUUUCGACUCCGUAAUUGGGCAUUUGUUAUUUUGUGUUGAGAAUAUCAAAGAUAUUGAUUGAAAUCAUUUUGACCUUAAACUGAGACUACAAGUUCGAUUGUUCCUUCUGCGUAUCCACUUCUUCCUUUCCAUCCACGAACUUGCUGCUUUCAAGAAUAAUACCAAAUAUGAUGGAGGGCCGUUAUGUAUACCUUGUCAUCUGUUUGGCCUUCGUGGUCAACGCCUUCCCGUAUGACCACGACAUACCGGCCAGAAUAUCGACCUACGUUCCGGACGUCGACCUCGCCCCUCCGGGACGGCAGGAAGAGAUGAUAGGCUCGAUGGAGGCCAACGAGCUCCUGAACAUCUUGGGUUUGAGCAAGGAAACCAUCCCCUCGUCCUCCAGGGAAUCCUCAUCAUCGUCGUUGUCGUCGUCGUCGGAGAGGAACCGCUUCGCUCACCCGUUCAUGGUCAAUCUCUACAACUCGCUUGCUGAUCCGAUGUCAGGGUUAACGUUUGGGCGGAGACCGUACAACGCCACCAAGAUAAGAGCGGUGCCUGAGGGAGGCCGUGGUGGUCGACUAGGCUUCCAGUUUAACCUCUCCCUGGUGGAAUCGAACGUGGCCCUCCUCCAAGCUGAGUUUCAUCUCUACCGUCUUAGGCCUCGCUGGACAACAUCUCACGAUACCAAGAGACCAAACUACUUUCAGGUCCACGUCUACCAGCUCAUGUCAUCUGACACGUCGUCGUUAGAGGGCGCUAGACUAGUUGGAUUGAGGUUGAUGUCUGCGAAAGGAACCGGGUGGGAGGUGUUCAAUAUCCGAGAUACUGUUCAAGACUGGCUUAACAACGAGACCUCCAACUUUGGGCUCUACAUCACUGUGACGUCACUUUCUGGUCAGCCACUUCCAGACAACAUGCUUCGGUUCGCCAAGAGAGCGCGCCAUGACAACAGCCGUCAACCAAUUCUGGUGCUCUUUACACAAGAGAGUCUGGAUCGGAGAAGCGGGAAAAGAAACGUCUCCCAGCACAGCAUAGAUGAGACGCCUCCUUCCGCCCUAUCAACAAUGUAUCACGAGACAAGUUCUUCAGAACUCCAACGCCGAAAACGCUCAUUGGCUAAACAUCGGGCUUACGUUGAGGGAAGGAACCAAUCAGAAGACGCCACACGGUCCGGGGGAUGUCUCCGAAAGAGCAUGUAUGUAAGCUUCGAAUCGAUUGGUUGGUCGCCGUGGAUAAUAGCGCCAAAAGGAUACGACGCGUACAGGUGCAACGGGGGGUGCCCCUUCAAUCCGCGGUCGACGGAGGAUUAUACGUGGUCUAACUACGCCAAAGUAAAGGCCAUCAUGAAUCGGAGGAAGCGAGGCGUGUCACCCCCGUGUUGCGUACCGUCAGAGUUCCAUCCACUCGGUCUUACAAUACUCUAUCUCGAGCCUGAAACUAGAAACAUUGUAAUAACAGAACUCCCCGAUAUGAUUGUUGCCAAAUGCGGAUGUCGUUGAUCCAAAACGACUUUUUUUGUCGGCAUCUUUAAGGUCAAGUACGCCACUAGCCAAACUUGCAUCGACCAGUUGAGCUUCAAGUGGUCCCAAUCUCUCUGAAACUGUACAUCUACGACAAGCAAAAACUAUGAGUACGAGUAUAUUGACAAAAAACGUUAUUAUGAACUAUAGUUUAAUUCAUUUUUAAUCUGUAUGAACAAACCAAUGACAGCCAUGGCAGUGUUGUGGCUACGGAGUAUUAUAAGGACAUAUGCCCUCAAUCGUGUAACAAAAAGGGUUUAAGAAGGAGAAAUGAGAGGGAGAGCGCGAUAAAAACUAAUAUGACCUCUCCCCUCUCAAGACGCCCCCUCCCCCGCCUCGCACUGAUAUACAGUACUUUUGACAAAUAAUUUCGUAUUUCAAUUAACAAUAACCUUGAAACUGCCAUUAUGAUGUAAAUACAAGCUUUAAUGUUGAGUUUGCCAUAGAAUAUAGGUGGCUAUAUAUAUAUAUAUAUAUAUUGUAACGAUUCAAAUACAACAAUUUCUCUGCUGAUCAUUUUAAUUUUGUUGCUGUUGUUGUUGCUCAAAUAAUUAUAUAUUUGGCAAUUAUUUUGUUUUGAUGAUAUUUGUGUGGAAAGUAUCUAUACUAGAAAGACGCAGCGGAUCUUGGGCAUGGCCACCAGAUUUGAUGUGUACAUGCAUGUAUGUAUCACAUAACUGAAACCAGGUGUAACCAAGUUAACCUACAUGUAUGUAGACCAUUAAUUGAAGGGAGGGGGAGGGGUGGGGGAAAUGUGACCACUGUUGACGAGUGACCUUUCUAGGCAGGUUUUACACCACUUAUUUCUUCUGUGAGGCAUGCGUCAUAAUUUAUAAGUGACUACUGUAUAAUGCUGGAAUUUAUAUGAAGGUGGUUGCUUUAGCUUUAUUCUAUUGUAUAACAUUAUAUGACAGUUGCAAAAAUGAUUUUCAUCCAUUGUGUCGGAAUGUAUAGAAACGUCGCCUCUCCGCAUGUAUCAGAGGCUUGUACAUAAACCUACAAUGUACAUUACACUAUAAACCUUCUCUCCCAGAUGGCGCCCUAUAUAAUCUUAUCAUGGCUGUCAUUGAACUCAACAUUACUCAUCAUUGAUGUAAUUCAGGAAGUGUCUUGUAUCAAAGAUCUUGUUUUAUAUUACUUAUUGUGAGAAUUUCUUGUAAUGUGAAUUCAUGAGGAAGGAAAGAAGAUAUCACUGUAAAAAAAUGAAUUGAAUUCAACAUCGUAAAAUGGUAUGAUGGUGCGAAUUUUUGUUCUGGGGGGGGGGGGAGGGGAGGGGUUGGAAGCAUCGGAUAGUUUGUUCUUUUCAAACUCCACUGAAAGGCAUAGUAAAGGAAAAGAAUACUGCAUGUUUUAUUCUUUGCCAUGAAUAAAUCAUUCAGUUGUCAAUUGCGGAUCAAAGAGUAUUGAUUAACCUAUUUUCUGUGGGGGCAUUACAAAAAUUGCCCCAGAUGAAUAGUUCAUUCAUGGACCUACAAGGUCAAUGGAUCAAUGGACUACACUUUUAAACAACUGUUUUCCUUCAAAGGAGGGCAAAGUGCAUGUACCCUCUAGCAGUCCAACUGUAUCUUCAAAUGACGUAUAGGGCUGCCUCAUGCAUGUGCUUAGACCCUAGGAAAAACUCUAUGACUGUUUCUCGAUCAUGUCAAUAUGUAAUUUUCUACAUUUUAAACAAACAUUGCUGUAUAAGAAACCGUUUUAACGGAAUAAUUGCAAUGAAUACUAAACAUAUAUAUAUGUAUACAAUGAGCUUAUUAUGCCCUGUGACAAGAAUGUUAUAGGACUUUUAGUAUGAUUGCCAAUGUGUAUUGUGUACGUGAUGUACAUUUUUAAUCUCGUAUCGGUGUUGAUAAAAAACAAUAUAUGCAAGUUAGCAGGGGCAUUGGACCAUUGUCCCCCGCCUUGCACUAACUGUUUAUCUAGGCAGCACGUGCUUUUUUUAAAGGAGGUCUAGGGUGUUUGGUUCCUGGUAUCAUGAAAAUAUGACCAUAAUUAACAUUACCAAAAAAACAUUAUUUUCAUUAUAUUUAGUCUGAUCCAAACUACGGUAAUAAAUUAAGGUUUAGUACAUGUACAAUCACCAAUUCACCAUGUAUAUUAUACAGUGUACCCAAUAUAUUAAAUGUAGUUGGUAAUAUCGAGGAUGAAUUACAUGUACUUUGGGCUUGCCCCCUAUAAAUGCUUUGCCCUGCACACAUUCAGAAAUCUGAGGAUAGAUAAGGUAGGCCUAUCUGAAUAUUGGGCGUAUAACGGGAUUAAGAAUAUGUAACUUAUUUUUGAAAAUAACUUUUUCUGUUUGUUUGUUCAUAAAUCUGUGUACAUAGGUAGUAUAUUUUCUAUUUGCGUAUCCAGUCAUUGCCAUUAUAUGCGAUGAACUAUUUUGACAAUGUAAAUAAAAAGCAAUAUAUCAAUACAAUGCUGAAACGUA